AUCGCCUGCAUAGGCCCACUAAUUUACACAAUUGUGCACAAAGGAUGUAAAACGGUUGAGAUACCGCACACACGUCUUAUUUUCCUGUUCCUGGUGCUGGCAUGUAUCUGUCAAUUAGGUCUGGUUUUUCUUUGGAAAGGCACCGUCGUUAUCGGCUCAAAGAGCUAUUCUCUUGCACUUUAUUUGCUACUGUUCGGUUUGGCUGUCGUUGAUGCCAUGUCAAAUGUUUUGUUCAUGCCUUUUAUGGCAAACUUUCAUCCAGCAUAUUUGAACGCUUAUUUCGUUGGAAUGGGCUUUUCAUCGCUGAUCCCGAGCAUUCUUGCUCUAAUACAAGGGUCUUCGAGCUACGUUUGUGACGGUGACAUACCACGCUACACACCGCCGCGGUUUAGUGCGGCCAUCUUCUUCCUCAUCAUAUUCUUCUCCACUUGCAUGUCGACUGCCGCUUUUCUUGCCCUCUACAUAACAGCAAUCAAGAAGCCGAGCCCUAGCGAACAAAGUGAAAGCAGUCCUGUAAGUGCUUCAGAUGCGACCGAAACUGAAAGGGCUAGUGAAGACGAAGAGCCGACCGCUUCCGUGGCGUUCAUACUUAUUCAUUCUGCUGGCGGUUUCCUUGGUAAAUGCACAAAUGAACGGAAUCAUUCCCAGCAUUUCCAGCUUCUCUUCCCUACCGUAUUCCCA